CGAAAUGCUGGAAUUCCUGGACGCAAAAAAAUGUUAAUUGGGUAAACGCUGCGGACGGUCUCAGCCCGCCACGCGACAACCGACAAUCCUUCGCAGUCCCGCACCGCACCGCCGCACCGCACCACCGCACCGCGGCCAAGGCCAAUAGCCUCGCCUAGCGCUCACUCGCUCGCCCCACUACCACCGCACCACGCGCUCCCGUUUCCGCCGAUCCGAGCGCGCAGAUCGCGGAAGCCCAGCGGCUCAGAGUCCAGGGGGAGGGAGCUCGCGGCGGCUGAGGAAGGCGUUCACCACCGUCGCGGAUUUCAUUGAGGAAGAGAUGGGGCUCUCCUUUGGGAAGCUGUUCAGCCGCCUCUUCGCCAAGAAGGAGAUGAGGAUUCUCAUGGUCGGGCUCGAUGCCGCCGGUAAGACCACCAUCCUCUAUAAGCUCAAGCUCGGCGAGAUCGUCACCACCAUCCCCACCAUUGGAUUCAAUGUUGAAACUGUUGAGUACAAGAACAUUAGCUUCACCGUUUGGGAUGUUGGUGGCCAGGACAAGAUCAGGCCCCUGUGGAGGCACUACUUUCAGAACACGCAGGGACUUAUUUUUGUUGUAGACAGCAAUGAUAGGGAACGUGUUGUUGAGGCUAGAGAUGAGCUCCACAGGAUGCUGAAUGAGGAUGAGCUGCGUGAUGCCGUGCUGCUUGUAUUUGCAAACAAACAAGAUCUUCCCAAUGCUAUGAAUGCUGCUGAAAUUACUGACAAGCUUGGUCUGCAUUCUCUUCGCCAGCGGCACUGGUACAUCCAGAGCACUUGUGCUACAUCUGGUGAAGGGUUGUAUGAGGGGCUUGAUUGGCUUUCCAACAACAUCGCCAACAAGUCUUGAAGCUUUUCAGCAGGGCUCCUAGCAAGAGGAAGACGUCUGAACAACUUAUGGAUGCUUUUUUACAUUUUAUUACAAAGAUACUCCCUCUGUCUCGAUUUACUAUUCCUUUUGGGAUAGUGGUUGAUUCAUAUAAUAUUUGAUGUAUGUGUUUAAUAGAUGUGUCUAGAUUCACCAUCAUCUAUUUUAAUAUGGACAUAGAUAUAAAGAGCUAAAACAAAUACUAUUUUGAAAUGGAGUGAGUACAAUCUAUAGUAGAUAGUGUGGGUGCUGUGGAGAGAAAAAAAUCUGAGCUUUCUUUUGAGUGUUUGCUAGUGUUUACCUUCGGAGAUGAUAUGGUAAAUUAUAUUGACAUGCUUUCGCGUA